AUGGCGCCGGUCAACACUGCUUCUAGUGGUGGCAGCGACGAAGCGAUGUACCCGCUGAACGCGGAGUCGUACCGCCUGCUGUGCAAGAUCGGGAGCGGCGUGAGCGCGGUGGUGUACAAGGCCGUGUGCCUGCCACUGGGCUCGUCGGCGGUGGUGGCCAUCAAGGCGAUCGACCUGGAGCGGUCGCGCGUCGACCUCGACGGCGUGCGGCGGGAAGCGAAGGCCAUGGCGCUGCUAUCCCACCGCAACGUGCUCCGCGCGCACUGCUCCUUCACCGUGGGGAGCCACCUGUGGGUGGUGAUGCCCUUCAUGGGCGCCGGCUCGCUGCACUCCAUCCUGCGCCACGGGUUCCCCGGCGGCCUGCCGGAGCCGUGCGUGGCCGUCGUGCUCGCGGAGACGCUCCGCGCGCUGUGCUACCUCCACGGGCAGGGCCGCAUCCACCGCGACAUCAAGGCGGGCAACAUCAUUGUGGACUCGGACGGCGCCGUCAAGCUCGCCGACUUCGGCGUGUCGGCGUCCAUCUACGAGACCAUGCACGCGUCGGCGUCGGCGGCGACGGCGGCGGCGCUGGGGCUCGGCUCGUCGGCGUCGUGCUGCUUCAACGACGUGGCGGGGACGCCGUACUGGAUGGCCCCCGAGGUGAUCCACUCACACGUCGGGUACGGCAUCAAGGCCGACAUCUGGUCGUUCGGCAUCACGGCGCUGGAGCUCGCGCACGGCCGCCCGCCGCUCUCGCACCUGCCGCCGUCCAAGUCGAUGCUGAUGAGGAUCACCAGCCGCCUCCGCCUCGAGGAGACCGCCGCCGUGAGUAGCAAGAGCAACAAGUUCUCCAGGGCGUUCAAGGACAUGGUGUCCGCGUGCCUCUGCCAGGAGCCGGCCAAGCGGCCGUCGGCGGAGAAGCUCCUCCGCCACCCGUUCUUCAAGGCCUGCGACCGCCGCUCCAGGGCCUUCCUAGUCCGCAACGUCCUCGCCGUCGUCCCGAGCAUCGAGGAGCGGUGCAGCAAAGACGACGACGACGCGGGUAGUGAUCUCUGCGGGUGUGUCGGUUCCAGCGGCGGCGCACGCUGCGUGUCGCCGUGCCGCCGCCACGCCGACGACGUCGUCGUCGUCAAGAACCGACGGAUCAGCGGCUGGAACUUCAACGAGGACAACCUGGAGUUUGAUCCGACGACCGAGGACCCGGCGGUGGAGAAGAGGUGCGUCCCGUUUGAGAACCCGGUGGAGCUGGACGACAGUGACUCCUCCACCGGGGAUGGAGAUACACGGUCGUCGCCGCAGCCGCCGCAUGGGGAUGACGCCGAUCACGAUCACGGGAAGGCGGCGGAGGCGGUAUGGUUUAAGCAGCGCCAGCAAGUGGUGACUCGGCAGCUGAUGGCCGUCCUGGAGAGCCUGGAGAAGCAAAGGGACAUGGUGACGCACGUGUUGCAACGCACCGCUGGCCGCUUCGAUGACGUCGUCGACAGCGGCAAUGGUGGCGCCUGUGGCGUGACGGCUCCAAGGGAGGAGAGGGAAGAGAUGCUGCUUGGGUACGUCCGGCAGCUGGAGCACACGGUGGAAGACCUGAGGAAGGAGGUCGAGGAGGAGAUGGCCUGGAACGCCCGGUUGGAGAAGAUGCUGCGAGAGAGGGUUGUCAUUAGCGACGAUGAGAAGAAGAUAAACUCAUCUCAUACGUCAGCUGGAGAUGGGAGCAGUUGA